UCUUGCGAAUCGUCUUUGCUUCAGAUAUCAUAACUGCGAAAUUGUUGCUUGGUCACUGAAUCGGACAGACGACACCGCAGAGCGCUAUUUAAUUUCUCAUUCUUUUAUAUUUGGAAAGGAUUUAUCUCCUUUGUUUUGUGUCCUGUUGUGUGUGCUCCAUCAUGGCUGUGGUCAUCCGAUUACAGGGACUCAGAAUCACGGCUGGUUCUGAGGACAUUCGCAAUUUCUUCACUGGGCUCAGAAUCCCUGAUGGUGGGGUUCAUAUAGUUGGUGGGGAGCUUGAGGAAGCUUUCAUAAUAUUUGCAUCUGAUGAAGAUGCGAGACGAGCGAUGACACGCUCGGGGGGCUGCAUUAAGGGAUCUCCCGUCAACUUGCUCCUGAGUAGCAAGUCAGAAAUGCAGAGUGUUCUCGAGGAAAGCACUAGAAGGUCUGAGUUAAAAAGCAGGGGCAUGUACAAGGAGGUUGUCAAAAGUCCUUCUGCGGAACGGGGUUCUCUACCAUUCAAUAAGGACCCGAGAGCAGACAUACGAAGGCCAGAUCAUCAAGAGAUGAGGAACAGGCCUUCUCUAUCUUCAUUCAAUGAGACACGACACCAGAGAGAAGGGAGCGCGUCAGAGAGAGAUGAGGUUUAUCUGAAAUUAACAGGGAUGCCGUUCUCUGCGACAAAGGAAAACGUCUAUAACUUUUUCGAUGGGUUACAGAUUGAAGACAUUAUGUUUUUGAGAAACCCCCGAGGAAUGCCCAAUGGACAGAGUAUUGUGCGCUUUAAUACCAAACAGGAUGCAGUUGAAGGUCUGAAGAGGGAUCGAGAAUACAUGGGACCGCGGUAUAUCCAAGUAACAAGAUGCUCUGAGGAGCAGUGGCUGGCAGAAGGAGGUCUCAUUAAACCGGACAGUCGGAAAAGAGCAUCCUUAGAGCGAGCGAGAUCUCGAUCUCCUAUUUCCUACAAGUCAGGAUCACGAUCGCCCUCUCAUGAAGAGUACUGCGUCAUGUUUGAGAAUUUGCCUUACGUGGUUGAAAAGAGAGAUUUGAGGGUGUUACUUCAGCCGGUUUCUUUAAAAGAUGAUCAGAUUAUUAUCUUUGCCCAAAAAAAGGAUGAUAGGACCAGAUCGGCUGUUGUGGUGUUUAAAAGUCUCACAGACUAUUGUGCUGGCUUGGCUCAUAAUAAGGAAAUGUUGAUGAACAAGGUAGUGUACGUGUCACCCAUCUCCAAGGAGAAAAUGGUCACCUUGUUGGAAUCGUCUGUUGACUCGAGAGAAGAGGGAAAAGGGGCGAAACGUUCAGCGGAAGCGCCCCAGUCUCAACGAAACAAUCCUGACUCGCAGUUGAGGUGUCUCUACGUGCGCAAUCUCCCAUUUGACGUUCGUAAGGUGGAGAUCAUGGACUUCUUUCAUGGAUUUCCGCUCUCAGAGGAUAGGGUUGUCUUAUUGCGGGAUGAAAGAGGAGCUGGGCUCGGGGAGGCUUUGGUGAUCUUCCAAUCUGAGAAGGAGGCCAUGACGGCACAGUCCCUAAACGGACAGAGGUUUCUUGGAUCCGAAGUCAUGCUUAAGUGCAUAACGAUGGGCCAGAUGCAGAAGUUUGGCGUCAAUGACCAGUUGGUGGAUAGCCCACAAGAAAGGAACUUUCAGAGAGCCGAAGUUUUCAACGAUGGUCCUCGUUUUUCGAACACCCAGAUGCCCCGAGAUGAUUGUGAGAUGCCGCCUAAUUUGCACCAGGGUUAUGGAGGUCAUGAUCGCUUUGAGCCUAAUUUUGGCCGCAAUGAUGCAUUUGGGCCAGGACCGGAUGGUAAUGGACGUCAGUGUUACGGAUCACCUGACCAACAACUUGACGGUCCGACUUGUCUUAAAUUGGUCAAUCUACCCUCUCAGAUAAGGAUCGAUGAGAUUUAUGACUUCUUCUAUGGAUACAGAGUGAUUCCAGGUUCUGCCUCCUUGCUGUAUGAUAGAAAUGGAGCUCCCAAACGUUCAGCAACGGUAGCUUUCGAAACCCACAGAGAGGCGCUCACUGCUCUUCAAGAAUUAAAUGGACGACCAAUUGGCACCAGGAAAAUUCAAAUUUUGUUUGUGUAGAUGUUUUUCUUACUUUAUUUCCUUUUUUAAAGUUGUAUGUGCUUUUUCACUGAUUUAACAAGUGAAGACUUUUUUUGCUUGCUUUUCAUAAAUCUGCAGAUGAAACACUGCAUUAAUUUAGAUUCAUACCUUAUAUCUUGACUGUUUGAAACUAAUGCAUUUGUAUGCAUGUCAGUGACAGUAUCUAGACUCAGUAUUAUUUGUGCUGUUGAAAGUUUCCCCCAGAGUAAUGACUACAAUUUGAGAUUUCACUAAAUACGUCACCAAUAUAUUUUGUUUUCAGAUAAAAUCAGAUCUAAAAGAAUCUUCUUAACAUUGUGAAAUUGUACAUUUCUUUCUACAACCAGAUAAAUGGUCAGUUCAUGUUUAAUGCUAUUAAAGGCAUCAGCUUGUUCUUCUGAUUUCUUUCUGACAGUGGUUUUUUCUUGCAGUGGUUUACAAUCGGUUUCUUGCCCAGUUGAUGCGGUUUCAUUUGCAAUCCAAUAAUGAUAUUGUGACGCAUUUUCAACAAAUCAGUAUUAAUAAUUGAGAUGUAUAUAUAUAUAUAGCAUACUUACAUAAUGCAUAUUUUAUGUAGAUUUUAUAAAUUAUGUAGUUGAUGCUUAUUCCAUAUUGUCAACCACAGCAUGCUGUUCGAUGUAGAUAGUUUAUCAGUAUUCAGGUCUUUUUGUUUUUGCCUAACGGACUGUUCUUCAAUGUGUUCAGCUCAUUGUCAUGGAAUCAUUUUCCAGGUGAUUCAAACCACAGUAUUUAACCGCAGUCAAAUACACUCGUACCCACAACGGCUUUUAACAAUCACGUGCUCGACUGAGAAAGAAGAAACCACUAGAGGUCACUGCAAUACAAAGGAUCAAGAAGAAAAAAAUCAUAAUAAUUACUGCCUUGGUAGAAGUGUGGGCCUGACACUUAAAAAAAGGACCGGGAGAAGGUUAGUAUUGUAAAUAUGUAGAUGUAACUGGGGAGUUUGGCACACCGAAGAAGAAGCAAAAAUAAUAAUAAUAAUAAUGCACUACAUCAAAGAAAAUGGUUAUACUGCCAAGAUUGCCUAAAAGGGAUAAAUUGUUGGUGUUAAUCUGGGAGAUUCAAUAAUUUCAUGCACAGAACAUGCUAGUAUGCACAUUUUGUUUUUCUUCUUUUUAGCAAUGUGAUUUACUAUCAUCAGGUAAUGAUAGGUUGGCAGGACAUGAGGUUGCUGUAACAAACAGCAGGUAAGUGAGGUCAUAGGUCAGAAUGGCCAGUUCAAAGGUUUUGUGUAGUCAAGUAAACCCAAAGCAAAGGUUUGGGUAAGAAGUUGUACACAGCAGUUUAGAAAGGAGCAACAAUAAGUCUUUGUUCAUCAAAACUAGUUAGUUUUUUUCAGCAGGUUGGUAGUCAAAGCCUAGGACUUCCAAGUAAACACACUAGCACUCAGUUAAAUAAAUUUAGUGCCUUUGUUAACAUACCAUUCUUAAUAGAUUUAACAAGGUGAAGAAUCAGUAAAGCACCUAACUUCAGGAGAGUUUAACUACCAGUAGCCUACCUAUAAUGAACAUUUAAAUGUUUAGUAAAUGCUUAGAUUUAUCUCACGACCAAAUCAUAACUGAAAACCUUUCCCUGAUGAACCUUUAAUAUAUGAAGCACGAGGAAACAUGUAUUUGUUAUACUUUUUUCCCCCCACAGUAAGAUAAACUCAUCACAUCGGUGGUUACAGAGCAUUUCAUGCAUUUAAUGAUAAUUUUGGUUGGAUUUAGGAGAUCUGACUUUAAAUAAACAUUUUUCCCUCAGAAACUAGCUAACAAUGAAAGAUGUGGAUAAUUAUGUUUUAAAUAUCAUUCUGUGUGUAUGUGAAGCUGUGUGAGUUCAUCCACAGUGAUAAUGAACGCACAGAAGAGAUCACGAGCUCAGGCGGAAUGAAUGUGUUUUGGAAAUGUCGGAGACAGACAGCGCGGUGACUGAGGCUGGACGCUUUAUCAGUGAGAACUU